AUGUCCCCUAACACUAACCGUAACGUUCCUGACGCUAACACCCUUGACUUGGCUUUUAGUGACUCAGAGGACGAAAUGAAGACGGACAUACCGUCGACAGUACAGGCCGAUAUUGACCUCGUCCGGCUGCAGAAUCGCCCACUCCGCAAGCGCACCCGCGAGCCCGAGACGGAACGCGAUCUUCUGCUAUCGGAGGGCGACGUUCCAAUUUUUCCAGCGGUCCAAGAAGCACAAUCGGCUUCAUUUUGGCCAUCGGCAAUGGAGAAAUUCGUACAUGACGCCGUGGUACACCCGUCUCUAAUCGGUAAGAGCGCACAAGGUGUCCUCGAAUCUGUCCAGCAAGGAUCCCGAACUCAGUUCCUAGCCACUCCCCCCGUCCUCCGUCUUUCAUACGAUUUUCAGCUUCGAAGGUUUCUACAACAGCACGGUGUGCAACUUUAUCAAGGCUUAACAUUCAUGGAGCAGUUUGCAGUUUCGUCCCGGCCGGACGGCUCCAUCAGCAACUCGCUGGUUUCGUGGAUAGACUACAAGCUCGGCAAGUUCCGCAGCGAGAUCAUUGUGACCAACUUACAAACGGCAGCGCUAAUAGCCAACGAAUUUACCCGAAAUGACGACCUCCUCAUGGAACGAGUACAAGCUCAUCAUGAGCGUCAACUCACGGUAUUAGUGACAUCAAAGACAACGCGUGCACCUGAUGCGCCUCGUGCCAACAUUUCUCGUGACAACCGCGCUCCUAAGCCUUCCACUGUCCCUUGUAGCCCUGUUACCCAAACAGGGCAACAAAACGCUGUGCAUGAGGUAUCUGUCCAAGAAGGGCUGUAA